CUGCCACGUCACGCUGGCCAAACUGUUGAACCGGGCCUGAUGGGCCCAUCGCUUAGGCCCCAUGUGCCAAUCCCAGCGCCGAGUUGGGGUUGGCUUCCUGCUGCUUCCUUGUCCCUUCCAGACAAGUCUUAACCAUUCCAUUCAUUUGCAAACACUGGUGUUGCAUAGAUAAGGUUCCAACGAGGCAGCCAACUCUCAUCGCCAGCGACCGAUUGGGACUGAACGUGUCGUCCGUGAGCAACAUUUUAAUCGCUCGGCCCUGAGUGAUACUUCGCGUUAUGGUCGUAUCCCACCACUCCUGUAACCUCAAGGAGUCCACCUGAGCCAAGCAGGCCUUCUUCGCGAGCGGCCCUUGGCAAAUGGAGGAACGAGAGAAGCUGCAAAAGGAACUUAACGACAUAGGAGCGGAGAUAGCCCGGAUGUCGGAGUCGGCGGAGUCGGCUAAGGAUGCCGAGGACAAGCGGUACUACAGGGAGAAGGAGCUCAUGCUACGGAAGAAGGAGCUGCUGCUCCUUGAGAAAUUCGAAGCCCGCGCCUCGGCGGCUGGCCUCGGUGCGGGGAGCGCAGCUGGAGCCGGCGCGGCGGCAGGGCUGGGCCCCGGGAGCACGGCAGCUGACGUUCACCCGAUCGCCUCAAGUAUGGUUGCGGCUCUGCUGCGCAUGCCGGCGGUGCCGGGUCCCGGCGAGCUGCUGAGCCUGGGGCCCAACAUCGUCUUCCAGUUCCAACCGGACUUCAGCGCCCUGUAUGUGCGAGAAUGCUACCCGCGGCUAUUCGACGCCCUGGUGUGCGAUGAGAAGCCGACGAAGUACAUCGUCACGGGCACGCCCGGCAUCGGGAAAUCCUGGUUCGCGACAUACCUCAUCCUGCGGCUCCUGAAGCGCAGCUCGCCGCCACCCUUCAUCGUGUGGGAGCAUUUCAUGUAUCCUGGCGAAGCGUGGUGCUACGUGCACGAGACGGGACAAGUGGUGAUGGGGCAGCGUUCGAGCUUCAGACAGCUGCUCUACAACCCCGCGACCUGGUACAUCGUCGAUGGUGCACCGCCGCUAUUCGACAUCCUGGCGCGUACCGUGCUGCUGACAUCGCCCAAGCGUGAUACAUUCAAGGAGUUGCGCAAGCAGGGCGCAGCGCUGCUGUACAUGCCGCUGUGGGAACUGGACGAGCUGCAGGCGUGCAGGAGGCUGAUGUACAGCACUGUGGACGAGUCGCUUACCACGGCGCUGCACCAGCACUACGGCGGUGUGGCGAGGUUUGCGCUGGGGCUGCCGUGGACCAAUCCCGGCAAGGGGCUGCACAAGCUGCUGGAGGAGCUGCGCGCCGCGGUGGACGGCUGCAACACUGCGCAGAUGCAGAGCUCGAUUGGCGCCAUCAGCUCGGGGCCGGAGGUCAGCCACAGGCUCCUGCACAUCGUUUCCAACAAGGAAACGUUCGAGAUGCAGUACCUCGUGUUCGCCAGCAAGUGGGUCGCUGAAGAGUUCGCAAAGAAGGCAGUGCGCGCUGAGCUGCAGGCAUUGGUGAGCCUCCUGAGCUCCACGUCGGGGGCGCUGUACGGCAUGCUCUAUGAGGCGACCAUGCAUGCCGUGCUCACCAUGGGCGGCUGCUUCACGGCUGUGCCGAUCAGCUACGGCGUCAAGACGUCAACGUUCAUACGAGGUGUCGAGGAGAAGCUGCAGUUCGACCCUUGCACGGAGCAGGAGUUCUUCGAGGCCGUGCCCAGCAGCCCCACGGAGCAAAUCUACUACCGGCCGAGCAGCGCGAGAUUCCCGACGGUUGAUGCACUGCGGCGCGGCAAUGGCACCUGCGACUUCUUCCAGAUGACAGUGCAGAACAGCAAGAGGCUUGACACCUUUCGCACAUUUUCACACAAUUCACAUAAUAGGCAUACCAAAAUAAGAUGGCCACUAACACGGCCAUUAACCGCAGCUGCGACAACUUCAGGCUCUCGCAAACUGCGCUGGUGGUAGCGGGCUACCCUCUUGCCGAGGACCCGAAGACCCGACCCCCGAUCCGGUCUGUAGUGUGGGAGAUAGUUGACAGCGAGCUGAACGUGGUAGGACAGAUGAUCGCGCUCGCAGUUUACACGCCUACGAGGCUUUUGAAAGAUUCACAAGUGCUUAAUUUGGAGCUAUUUAUGUAUCUGAUGAAUCAUUUGGAACAGCGCCUGUCUGUGCGAUAAAUCGGCCUCAACAUUGGCUUCCUUGCGGCAUCGGACUCCAAUUCUAUGCGUUUGAGCGUAUUUUAUCUGGUUCAGCAUCAGUUACUUUCGCGGUCGGGUUCCCUGGACUCGAGCCGGGUAUCUGAACUUCGUCGCUGGGGCCUCUUCUUCCUGGUGUACAACAGCUUCGUGUAACAGAUGGCUUAAAUAAUGCCUGUGUGCAGUCGGCGGGAGCGGGGAACACGUGUUGCCCAAGUUUUCGUCAACUGCCGCUUUCUGAAACGUAUGGGUGCGCCGCGCCCCCUGCGGGGGCCGGGGCACGCCAACCUGCGGCCCAGCAGCCCAACCUCGUGUGUGGUAAACACAUCGGGAACUGACACGACGGCGAAGCGGGCUGUAAUCCCUUCAGCCA